UUUCUGCAGCCGUUUUUUCUCUCAUCAUCUCACCCCGUCUAUCUCUACUCUCUGCAUCAGAGCUGAUCACCAUCUUCUUCAAUCAUCUUCUCAUUCAGAACAGGAAGAAGAAUGGCUAAUGAAGAGUAAAACGGGAAAGGAUUUAUCUCGAAAUUCUUGCUCGCCUUGUUUCUUCAAGCUAAGCUGACUCGGUGCCUUGACGAAGUCCAGGAAAAGAUUCUUGGUUACAUAACAAAAUCAAACGCUGACAAUGUCUACUGAAGCCUGCGAUUUUGGCACCCUUGUGGAUCCACAACAUCGGAAAUAUCAAUGCAAGUAUUGCAGCAAAGUGGUUACUAGCCUAACUCGUCUUAAAUGCCACUUGGGAGGGAUUCGUGGAGAAGUUAUUCCUUGUCCAGAAGUCCCCGUAGGAGUGAGGGAAAUGCUAAGAACCGAGUUACUGCAAAAGAGAUUUGGGAAUGUAAUAAAGAAUUUUGAGGAGCUCAACCUUCCAACCCUUCCUUUGAAGAGGAACCGGUGUGACAGUCCCUCCAAGAUUGUCAAACAAGAAAGCAUCCAGACGCCCUGCAGUGGAACUUCAACCAACCCGAAUCCAGAAACGCACUUUGCAUUUCCAAACAAUGUUAAAGAUUCAGCUUUUCCAAUCAGACAAGUGGGCCCACAAUUAAACGAAACCCAGAAAUGCACCGGGGGGUUCUUAUACGGGACAGGAGUUGACAGUCUCUCCAAGAUUGUCAAACAAAAAAGCAUCCAGACGCCGUGCAGUGGAACUUCCACCAACCCGAAUCCAGAAAUGCACUUUACAUUUGCAAACACUGUUAAAGACUCAGCCUUCCGUAUCAGACAAGUGGACCCACCAUUUAAUGAAGCACAGAAAUGCAUCGGGAGGUUCUUUUACGAGACAGGAAUUGACAGUCCCUCCAAGAUUGUCAAACAAGAAAGCAACCAGACGCCCUGCAGUGAAACUUCCACCAACCUGAAUCCAGAAACGCAUGUUACAUUUGCAAACAAUGUUAAAGAUUCAGCCUUUCCAAUCAGACAAGUGGACCCACCAUUAAACAAAGCCCAGAAAUGCAUCGGGAGGUUCUUUUAUGGGACAGGAGUUGACAGUCCCUCCAAGAUUGUCAAACAAGAAAGCAUCCAGAUGCCCUGCAGUGGAACUUCCACCAACCCAAAUCCAGAAACGCACUAUCCCUUUGCAAACAAUGUUAAAGAUUCAGCCUUUCCAAUCAGACAAGUGGACCCACCUUUAAACAAAGCCCAGAAAUGCACCGGGAGGUUCUUUUACGAGACAGAAGUUGACAGUCCCUCCAAGAUUGUCAAACAAGAAAGCAUCCAGACGCCCUGCAGUGGAACUUCCAUCAACCCGAAUCCAGAAAUGCACUUUACAUUGGCAAACAAUGAAAAAGAUUCAGCCUUUCCAAUCGGACAAGUGGACCCACCCUUAAACGAAGCCCAGAAAUGCAUCGGGAGGUUCUUUUACGAGACAGGAGUUGACUUUGAGGUGGCAAAAUCGCCUAGCUUCCGGAAGAUGAUAAAAUCCAUCAACGGGUCAGUGGACAUCCCCACUUAUCAUGAAUUGAAGGGGCGUGUCCUACAGGAAGCAGUAAAAGAGAUGCAAAAUUACACUUCUAACAUCAAGAACGUAUGGGCAGCCACAGGGUGCAGCAUAUUGUUAGACGGAUGGGUGGACUCUGAAGGCCGGAAGCUUCUUAUUAUCUUAGUGGAUUGUCCAAGUGGCACAAUUUUUCAUCAAUGUGCUGACAUUUCAUCCAUAGAUAAUGACGUGGUUAAAAAGGAAGCUUUUCUUAGAAAGGUCAUUGAGGAGGUCGGGGUUGAUAAUCUGGUUCAAAUAGUUACAUACUCAACAUCUUCUUUCAUGGAGGAUGUGAUCCAAAGGGUAAAUGAGAAAUGUAAGACGUAUUUUUGGACAGUGAGUGCUUCUCAUUGCAUAGAGCUCAUGUUGAGGAAAUUCGAGACAAUGAAAGACGUAAACGAAAUAUUGAGUAAAGCAAAAAGUAUAACACAAUUUGUUUACGAUCACGACAGUGUCUUAAAACUAUUAAGAGAUUUUUGUCCAAAUGUUGAUGAGCUAAUGAAGCCUUCCAAGAUAAGGUCAAUUGUUCCUUUCCUCACCUUAGAGAACAUGUUCAUGGAGAAGAGAAACUUGCAAAGGAUGUUUCUCUCACCCGUUUGGAAAACCUUAGAGUGUGCUAAAACCGGUGAUGGACAAAGGGUUGUUGACUUGGUGGGAGAUAAGACUUUUUGGGAAGGGGCUUUGAUGGUCUUAAAGGCCACUAUCCCACUUGUGAACGUUUUAAAGCUGAUAAGCAGUAGUAAUAAGCCACAAAUGGGUUCAAUAUAUGACACUAUAGACCAGGCUAAAGACACAAUAAAGUUAGAAUUCAAGAACAAGAAAUCCCAAUACGUGAGAUUCUGGGAAGCAAUAGAUGAGAUAUGGAAUAAGCACCUCCAUAGCCCUCUCCACGCUGCGGGGUACUUUUUGAACCCUAGUAUUUUCUAUUCGAGCGAUUUCUAUGAUGAUGCCGAAGUUUCUUGUGGAUUUUGUUGCUGCAUUGUCCGUAUGACGGCAGAUUCUGGCGUUCAGGAUUUGAUCGUGAUGCAGAUCCAGCAGUACCGGAUGGGCAAAGGCCUGUUUGGAGUAGGCAGUAAGGAUCCUCAGCUGGAAAAUAUAGAUCCAGCAAUUUGGUGGUCAAAGUAUGGACGGGAAUGCCCACAAUUACAGAGGCUUGCUAUCCGGAUCCUGAAUCAGACAUGUAAUGGUGCCUCAAAAUAUAACCUAAAGAGGACAUUGGCAGAAGCCUUACUCACACAAGGAAGAAACAAGACGGAGCAAGCAAGGCUGAAGGAUCUGGUUUUUGUCCAUUAUAAUAUGUACUUGCAAAAUUUCUGGGCAGAUGAGAACAAUGACUUGUCAAAUGUGGAGGUGGACCCCAUGGAUGAUUGGAUUGUGAGAAGACAACCUAGUACAGUGAUCAAGAAUGGCGAGCCGCCAGUGAUAGACUUGGAAUCUGAAGAGUCUGCUACUAGCAAAGUGUGACAUGAAUGUUCUGAUGGUGUAAUAAAGCAGUAGAUUAUGUAACUGCAACUGACUGACUUUUGUGUGUUGGGGAUGUUUGGCAAUAAGCAUUUAUCCAAAUGCUGAACUCAAUUUUAUCUGAAAACGCUGCAAAGUGCAGCAGAUUGAAAUGACAUUUCAACCGAACCAAUCAUAAACAAACUGUUCUUGGGGAGUUUUCUGAUCCUCCAAAUAUUUGAAGUGGUGUUUGGCAGUAAUUGUUAAUUAAACUGCUUGCUCUCGAGUGGGUUUCUUUGCAGAUUAGAUGAUGGGUUGCUGUUUUCUAAAACCAUAUGUAGUACGUUUUAGUCAAACCUGGCCUGCUGCCCCAAUAAAAGAUUUGCAAAAUGCUGCCUAAUGUUUUAUCCCAC